AUGACCCCUGCCCUUUGGUUGUACGGUUUGGUGCUUCUUCUGCCUACAGAAUCCUGCAGGAUAUUAUGCCAGGCCACCAGCAAAAGCAAGGACACGGUGAUGUCCAGGCCACAUGGUGUGUGUGAGGGUGUCUGUAAGGACAGUGAUGGCCCCUGCUUUCAAUCUUGCCCUCCAAAAAGUGAGGGCAGCAUGAAAUUUGCCUGUAAGGCCAAGAAAUGGCACAAAGUUACUGAAACCUGCCACACUCUGAAUGCCAUGAACAUGUUUGAGGAGGAUGAGGAAUUAUAUUCAGUUCAGUCCACUGAAUCGACUAUACUUCUACAUGAUGAUUCACGUAGAAAAUCUCAGACUAUAACGGAUAUGCUGAUGGCAAAGUGUCCCAAGGAUUUAUCUUGCAUCAUCAGAAGCAUUCAGAAGUCUCCCCAGAUGCCAGGGAACAUUGCUAUGGUGGUAGAUCUCUUACACAACAUCUCCACAGUCCUAACCAGAGAGGUCAACGAGGAAAAGAUGCGGAGUUACAGCGCCAUGGCUAACCAUAUUCUUAAUAGCACAAGCAUAUCAAAUUGGACCUUCAUCCAAGACAGAAACAGCAGCUGUGUCUUGCUCCAAUCAAUCAAUUCAUUUGCAAGCAAGCUAUUUGUGAAGGACCAUCUCAUCAACAUAUCACAUGUCUUCAUUCAUACCCUGGGCACCAUCAUGUCCAGGGACAGCCGCGGGAGGAAUUUCACUUUCUCAAUGAGAAUUAAUGACUCGAGUGAUGAAGUCACUGGGAGGGUACUUCUCACAACUGAAGACCUGCAGAAGGUUCCUUCUCCUUCCCAGGUCAUCAGCAUCGCCUUCCCUACUCUCGGGGCCAUCCUGGAAGCCAGUCUUUUGGAAAACAUGACCGUGAAUGGGCUUGUUCUGUCUGUCAUUUUGCCUAAGGAGCUUAAAAAUAUCUCAUUGAUGUUUGAAAAGAUCAGCAAGGCAGAGGGGAGGAAGUCCCAGUGUGUGGGCUGGCAUUCCCUGGAGAGCAGAUGGGACCAGAAAGUUUGUAAGCUGAUUCAAGAAAAUUCCCAGCAGGCUGUUUGCAGGUGUUGGCCAAACAAGUCGUUUUCUUCCUUCUCCAUUCUCAUGUCACCCGAUACCUUGGAGAACCCGGUUCUAAUUUAUAUCACGUACAUAGGCCUGGGCAUUUCCAUCUGCAGCUUGAUCAUCUGCCUGUUCAUUGAGGCCUUAGUCUGGAGUCAAGUGACAAAAACAGAGAUCUCAUAUUUGCGUCACCUGUGUAUUGCUAACAUUGCAGCCACCUUGCUGAUGGCUGAUGUGUGGUUCAUUGUGGCUUCCUUCCUCAGUGGCCCAAUAUCCCACUACAAUGGAUGUGUGGCUGCAACCUUUUUUGUUCAUUUCUUUUAUCUGGCUGUGUUUUUCUGGAUGCUCGCCAAGGCUCUCCUUAUCCUCUAUGGAAUUCUGAUCGUGUUCCAUACACUGCCCAAGUCAUUCUUGGUGGCCUCUCUCUUUUCAGUGGGCUAUGGCUGCCCUUUGGUGAUUGCUGUUACCACACUUGCUGUCACAGAGCCUGGAAGAGGCUACCUUCGUCCUGAGGCCUGCUGGCUUAACUGGGACAUGACCAAGGCUCUCCUAGCCUUUGUGGUCCCAGCUCUGGCCAUCGUAGUGGUAAACCUGAUUACAGUCACACUGGUUAUCAUCAAGACCCAGAGGGCUGCCAUUGGCAGUUCCAUGUUCCAGGAAGUAAGAGCCAUCGUGAGGAUCUGUAAGAACAUCGCCAUCCUCACGCCACUGCUGGGGCUGACCUGGGGAUUUGGAAUAGGCACAGUCAUCAGGGGUCACUCUCUGGUCUUCCACAUUAUCUUCUCCUUACUCAAUGCAUUACAGGUAAGUCCAGAUGCUAUGGUAGAAUCUGAAGUGGGAUGGUCUGUGAAGCUGUUUUGUGAUCAGGAGCCCAUGGCACCAUGUCUUCCAUGCAGAAGACGAUGA